UUGAAACACUGAAGAGAUACGGUACUGAAACAGCAAGAAGCACGUGUGUUUAUGAAGAUUCGUUGAAAACACUGCGAUUUAUUGAUUUGACAUUCAUUACGAAAUACAAACAUUAAUGCAACAUUCGACAGCAAAUUAUAAAGAUUGUAGAUUCAUUGUGGAUGAUUGAUGAAUAAUGGCAAAUUUGAAGGUGAUUGUCGGGUGCUCUGUGUCAUUCUUUGGCUUAUUAUGGCUGUUCUUCUGGAAGAAAUCACCAAAGCAGAAGCCUCCAUCUGAUUCAAAAGAGAACCAUGCUGAAGAUACACACAGAAAACUGCCAAGUGUUGGUUCUAAAAACAAUCUGCCAGAUGUAGUUCACCAGAGUACAGAGUCUGAGUCUCCGGGGAUUCAACAAGAAGCUGUUCUGGAAAAGGUGCUAUCUAAUAAGGAAGUGGUACAGACAGAGAGCUGUAUAUUGGGCGACAGUUCUGAGGCCCAGGAUGCAGACCAAGAUCAGGAAUGUGUAGAGGAACCGAUCAUACAGGAGGAGGUCCUGACAUCCUCUUCUUGUGCUGUCACACAGUCAGGCAAUAAGACAUUGGAUACUCUGGAGUAUGACAUGAACUGCAAUGGAGACAGUACACGAUUUUCAACAUCAGAAUAUAAUUCUACACAGAUAGCAGGAAGUGAUGACAACUUGCACAGAAAUUCCGCCAUGAAUGAGGCAUUCAUGACAUCAGACAUUGGGGAUGGCAUAAUGAAUAAAACCUGUGAAAAACCAACAGAUUCAACCCAUGAUGUGUCUCUCUCUACCUCAACUUUUGCUGAACCACUGCUAGAAUCAACAAAACUAGACAUCACAGCCUGUGAAAAUGAGCAAAGCAUGAAGAUAGAAUGCUCUGUGCCUUCAUUGAUAGAAAAUAACAUUACAUACAACAACAAACACAUGAAUGGUAAACAGGUCCAUGAUAAUGAAAAUGACAAGAAUGAUUCAUUCAAAAACUGCAGAAUUUUGGAGUCCGACUCGAUUGUGAAUCAAGUGAACAGUAACCAUGAUCAGAUGACAAGUAGUUGGUCAUCUGAGGUGGAGAGUUGUGAUAAUGUGGACAAACAGACAGACAUUGAACUAUGUGGGGGAGAUAACUCUAAUUCAGUACACACAGCAGACUCAGUUGGUCCAACACCAUCCAAGACCGACAGUAGUGCUCAUGGGUCCGACUCCAACACCUCAAACUGUGAUAGUGUUUCAAGUAAUUGUAGCAGUCGAGCUUCCAGUAUAGUAGAAACUCCAAACAAGUCCGGCAGUUCAAAAAAAGAGACCUACGAAUUUAACUUUCCUACACAAUUUUGUGGUCGCCUGAUUGGUAAACAUGGAAAAAAUAUCCAACUGCUGAAGGAGCGGUCAGGAGCCAACAUAUCUCUGAGCAAUCACCCAUACACACCAGACUUCCAGCUCUGUCUUAUUGAAGGUACCCAGAGACAUAUUGACGAGGCACUGAAAGUGAUUGGUAGAAAAUUCCCUGAUGUGGACCUGACUGCAAUCGGGGCAGAAGUAGAGAAUGAACCUGAGCCCAGCACUAAUGGCAAACCGAUGUUGAUGCCUGAUAUAAUGCAGGUGUGCGUCUCCUUUCAGCUCAACCUGCCCGAGGGCGUGUCCAUUGACGUGGUGGUGUCCAGCAUCGUAGACGCGGGGCAUGUGUUUGUCCAACAGCACACCCAUCCUUCCUUCCCCUCCCUGGAGCGACUCAACCAGUUCAUGAUUGCCUGUUACACACAGGACAGCAUUGUACCACAGCUUCCUCGGCCUCUGGAGGUUGGGGUUGUAUGUUCUGCUCCGAUGCUGAAUGGAUGGUACCGUGCCCAGAUUACUGCUGUGUAUGAUGAUACAGAUGAAUGUGAUAUCAAAUACGUUGAUUACGGAGGAUUCUCGCGUGUCCCAGGCUGCACACUCCGACAAAUCAGGAGUGACUUCAUGACUUUGCCUUUCCAAGCUGUGGAAUGCUACAUGGCCAACAUCACACCUAUUCAAGAUGAGGAAUACUUCAGCUCAGAAGCUGCUGCAACACUAGAAGAGCUCACACAAGGGAAGUUACUCCAAGCCCAGAUUGUCGGUCGCAAUGAGGACGGAACUCCUUAUAUCCAUAUCUAUCAAAUAGCAGGAGAGAAGGUGGUAUUUGUGAAUAGAGAAUUGGUGAACCGGGGUGUUACUCGCUGGAUUGAACUGAUGUCAUGAGACGUCUCGCACUGAUGACAAAAUGGAUUGACCUUUUCCAGUCAAGAAUAGCAGAGGAGAACAUCUGGUGUUCCCAAAAGGCAGGACAAUAUGAAGCCUCUCUCAGCUUCUCAACAGUUCUAUAAGUCUGAUGUGCGUGAAUUCUACAUGGCUGUUGUUCUUCAAAAUGUCUGCUGAUGUUGCGUACCCGUACUUGAUGAAUUCAGUCCUUUAAUAACAUCACAAAUUGGAAUGUAAUUUGGGGACUUUUUGUGUAAAUGAUUACCUUAAAAUUUGAGCAUGCGUUGUUGCCAGUGCAAAGUAAUACAAAUACUGAACUACAGUAAGACAGGUUUAGAUGUUCCAUCAAUGAAAAAUCGUAAGAUAAAUGGAUAUCACUCUGUUGAGUACUGGGCAUUAAUAUCAACCGCUGAUAUUAUUGCUUGCUAUACUCAGAAGGAUCUUGCAUGAUUCUUCAAUCUUGUAAGUAGUUAUUAAGACCAUGAUCAUUUCUAGAUCAAUUCUCGGCUUGCCACUUCCAGGCUUACCGUUUCUAGCUUUUAAUGUAAGUUAGUAAAUAUUGACAAACUCGAACUAGGUACGCAGACCUAGAUAUCGAUCAACCAGUUGCUUUUGUCAAACUGGAACUAGGUACGCAGACCUAAACGUCAAUCAACCAGUUGCCUUUGUCAAACUGGAACUAGGUAUGCAGACCUGGACGUCAGUCAACCAGUUGCUUUUGUCAAAAUGGAACUAGGUACGCAGACCUGGACGUCAGUCAACCAGUUGCUUUUGUCAAACUGGAACUAGGUACGCAGACCUAAACGUCAUUCAUCCAGUUGCUUUUGUCAAACUGGAACUAGGAACGCAGACCUGGACGUCAGUCAACCAGUUGCUUUUAUCAAACUGGAACUAGGUACGCAGACCUAAACGUCAAUCAACCAGUUGCUUGAUAAACCAUUUCUUCCAGACUGGAAGUGUCAUAAACAGGUGACAUAGACGUUGGUAAUAUGUCCGGGUAGAAGAAUUUUGUGUCAAUCCUAGUUUAAUAUUACAAAUAAUUAGAAUUAGGAACACUCAGGAAUUAGCUGGCACACCAGAUGGAAAAAGAGUGACCUUCAACGUCGGGCGGUUUUGGAUUGGACAAGCUUCAAAGACUUGUAGGAACCUCCUAUGAAUGAUAUUGUCUCUGUAAACCAUAGGUUAAAGGUUAAACCAUGCUUCCCAAAACUAAGUGCUACACAUUCUGCCUUUGAUAAUAACCUCGGACAUUAUCUUCAUUUCAUGUAUGUCCCAAAUUAGCACUUUUCAACAUCACUUACCAUGAGAAACAGAAUGAGCUUUUAUUUUCUAUAGUGACUAUUAAUUGGGUUUUAUUUAGUAUCAUUUCCUAUUGUUGUAAAAAAAAAAAAUGAAAUAUUAUUUUUGAAUUUAGGAUAAAAUAAUAGGUUUUUGCCUCUUGAAAAUAGUUACAGAAAUUAUUAUAGUAACUGUUAAUGGUAGGGAAUACAGGGAAGGGGAAGUUGGGUGGUGGGGCCCUCUAUAUGCCUCACCCCCUUUCCAUCAUAUCCAUAUCUAGAAGAACCCUAGGUGAACCUUGUCUGAAAUGAAUAUUUUGAAUUAAAAAGGUAGGUUUUUGCAAUUUCAUAAAUCUAGAUAAAUAUAGCACAACAUCUCUGGUUCUUAAUGUGUUUUUCAUGGUUAUAACUAUAACGCAGUACAGCAACAAUCUUAAGACCCCAGCCCCGUUAUCUCUUACAAUAAUGGGCACCUGUUCCAAAAGGAGAGAGACUGUCUCAGCUAUGACAAUUCAAUGUGUCCUACAAGCAACUUUUACAAUUAACACAAAACUUCCUAAAGUUUACCUUGAAGGUCCAGACAAUGAUCAUUACAUGUUGUGAGAAUGCUAAUUUAAGAGUGCAGACCAAAAAAGUCACUUGUGUGUUUAUGUGGCUUUACAUAUAUAUAUAUAUAUAUAUGUUAAUAAUAUUAGCUACCUGGAUAUUCAUCAUGCAAUAUCAAUUUUAUAUCUGCAGAGAUAACUAUGUGUUGUGUCCACUAUCAAUGUUCCUAGGUAAGGUAUAUACUUGUGUUGGCUAUAGACAGCCAAAAUAUAUUUUUCAAUGGUAAAUACUGUUAAUUAUUUUGUUAACGUUUAAUUCCAAAUAAUCCUAGUUAAGUAUUGAUUAUAGUGCUGUUGCUAUAUUUACAAGAACAAUGUUUAUUUUUAUUAUGUCAACUGUGUUUCACUUAAAAUCAUGUCAACUGUCUUUCUCGGUCAUUCAGAAUCAAAUAUAAUGAAAAUAUUUUCAAUUAUGUGAACAGAAAAUAUAAAGCUUAUAAUGAACAAGUCCCUUGAGAUUUAAGUAAACAAAGGGGUUCAAUAGAUCAAAUAACUUUUUUUUAAUAUUUGCCAUCUAUACAAAAUAAAUUAGAUAACAUUUAUAUUUUGAAAGUGCAUAAUAUUUAGAUUAUGAUUUUUGUAAUGUUACAAGUUAUUUCAUUGGUCAAUCAAAAAAGUGGAGGACUGUAAUGCAGUAUUGAAAUUUACCAGACUUGUAUUAAAAUGCUGGCCUAACUCUGGUAUUAAAAUUUAGAGAAUUUUAGAAAGUUGGAAUAUCAUGAAAUUUUCACUGGUUCCGCAAUGCAUAGACAAAUCAAUUGCAUUUGUAAACAAUGAGUUAUUACCUAUCACACACACAAAAAACUAAAUUUGACCGACCUUUUAGAAAUAUUAACAUGAUACUAAAGUAUUAAAACUCUAUAAUUCUUGUCUCGGUUUGAGUCAUAAGGACCAUCCUCUGGAUCUCGAUAUAUAUAUAUAAAUAUAUAAGGUACUUUUGAUGUUUGCCAUGGCAAAUAAACAUUACUACAUUUGUAUGUGAAAUGUUGAAGAAAUAAAGUAAUAUACCUGAACAUCAAAGAAUACUGCCCAUUUUCCUGAUUUCAUCCAAACAGUAUUAAAUAUUAUAAAACACAUCCUGUUCAAACAAUCAUGUAAUUUAUUUAGAAGAAUAUAAGAUCAGUUAUGGUAGAAUGAAAAUACUGUGUAGAACUCAACUUGUCCUUGCUUCUUGUUUAUGUUUGUACUCUUCAUGUUGAUAAUGGCUGCCAUCCUAUUUGUCUGUAAAUGUUAUUUGGUGUCAUUAUUACUCGACAAGUGUUUCCCUGUCCAUAUAUUUGGGGCUGAAUUUUAUCCACUUCCCUUUCAAUGAAAAAAAGUGACAUCCUUCUUUAAAAAUACCAAUUUGAUAAAGAAAUAUUUUUUCGCUUCAAUUAAUAAAUUAAUGAGAACACAAUUUUGAUUGCUAUUUUCCCUAGAAGAUACUUUAAAACAAAACAGACUUCAGAAAUCUGUCAUUCUUUAAAAAAGAAAAGAAAGUUACGAAGAACGAAAUUGUCAUUGAAUUCUUCACUAUGUAGUCAUGUUUACCAAAUGUGACAAUUCCUUCACACAAAAAAAACAGAAAACAGGAAAAAAAUCUGAAUGUUCAAAAAAGAUACUUGACAAACAGUAAAGGAUAACAUACAAUAUUUAAUGGUAAUGAAUGGUUUAAACUCUACAAAAUAAGUUUCAGGUAAAUUUCAUUUAUCUGUGUGCUUACAUUUACUAAAGAUCUUUUUUUUUUCAUUACUUUAAAGUGAUUGUCUUCAAUGAAAGGGCUAGUCUGUAAAAUUUGGCUCGAUUGUGAUCUCAAGUACAGUGACCUUGUAUUGGCUACUUGCGGCAUUAAAAUGCACUAUUGUAUCUUAUGUUUUUUUACCUUGUUGUUUUGUGUAGAUAUAUAUAUAUUUAAGUUACAUAACCAUGAUUUGAUCUUGAUAAUUAGAUUUUGGAUAUUUACUGGAACAUGUGUUCUAUCGAUCUGUAUUCAGAGUUAUCCUUCCUGUUCCAUUUGCGCGCUGUUACCAUUACAUGUCACAGCUUCCGUUCCUUCAAAACCUCCAUGUAUGUGACAGCAGGUUUUUUCAUUUUAGUUUUUUUUAUCUCCAAACUUAAGUGAUUCAUUGGUUUAAGAUCAAUUGGGUUAGACAAAUUUGAGGCAGGAUUAUUGCAAGAUUUUUAUUUUGAAUUCUAAUUAAACAGAAAAGAAAAUUUAUAAAUCUCCUUUGGAUGGACAUAUUUAAUUACCAAUCUACACUAAAAUCUUUAAAUGUCUAAUACAUUACAUGUUAUAAAACUGUUCUGACAAGUUAAUUUUGUGGAUUUGAGCCCACUUUUGCCAAAGAUCAGAUUUUAUUUAACAUUUCUUCUCCCUUGUUCGAUUUAAUUUGAUUUGUUUGUGUGUAACUGUGUCAUUGUUAUCAGUUUACUGGUAUAUAAUUCAGUAUUCUUCAUUGAUCGGUAUUUAUUCCGCUCCACAUUGGGUAAAUUUCUCAGCUGCCAUGGUUACUGUAUGAGUUAUAUUGCUGUAUGAUAUACAGGAGCAUACAUACCUAUCUAGAUAAAACAAAGAUGUUUCAUAUAUUGUACACUGAUAACCAGCUACCAUUUUGUGCCCUGCCUUGCCCUUGCAAUGACACAUGAAUGUAAGGGUUACAUGGCUUCAUUUCAUCAUUUAAUCGACAAUAUUUCAAAAAUUCAGUAUUAAUUAAGGCUGGCCGAAGUUCAUUUUGCAAAAUCAUACAUAACUGGAGGGUUGGGAUAUGCUUUGUACCAUAGGUUUGGUGUUUUUCAGGAAUUAACAUUGCAGUUUUUUAUCACUAUAUUUUUCAUUACAGAGUAUUUUGUCUAGUCUUAAGAAUUUGUAUGCCAUUUAAAUCUAAUACCAGUAGUAGUGUUCUGUCAACUCAUUUAUUCUACAUUAAAUCUACUUUAACUGUGUGCAGUGAUUAAUAAAAUCUUCCCCUACCUUGAGGAUGUGGGAGAAAUCUCCAACCCGUGGGAUAAUGUUCUCGUCUUGCCCUUGGCUUUACCUGAGGGAUGAUAUUCUUGAUUGUCUUACCCAAGGCUUUGCCAAGGGAAAGACAUUCGAGAAUAUCAUCCCGAGGGUUGAAGAUUUCUCAGUCACACCCUCAAGGUAGGGGAUGAUUGUUUUUCUCCCAUCCUGUUCAACUCACAAAUCCGCCGACAAGCAGUGAUUGCAUGAAAUAAUCGGCUGAUUGCAUGUAUUUCCAGCAAAUCCGGAGUUGUCUUCCAUGGUCUGCUACUGUAGACGUGAAGUCAUACUAUUGUUAUGACUUAGAUCGCGCCAUUUGACACAAGGCUAUCUCCCCCUAGGUAAGGGGGUGAAAAGCUUAUCUUUUUAAGCUUGAAAGGGAGACACCUGUGAAGGGUGGGAGAGAUGUAUUUGAAACGAUUAACAAACACAAAACCAUAAAUUACAUUUUCACAUUAUCUGUUAACCUGAAGAAAAAAAACAUAAUUCUUCAAUUAAUGAAAACCUGAAACACAAAUAGGAACUUAGGCGAAAACUUAUGAGUGAUUUCAAACUUGGACACCUGUUUACAUUGCUGUAUUCUGUAAUUAAAAUAUAAACUUUAUUUUACAACUGUUAUGAAACAAGUUAUUUCAACUUAUAUCAAUCACUGGUGUUGGCCCCGAUGUUGCCACAUAGGUUUUUAAUGUGAAAGAAAAGCUUCAUACCUGGAGAAAUCCCACGUGAUCGGCAGGGAACCCUAUACCUUUUCACAUCUGAUUGGGAGUCGAACCCCAGUUGCCUUGGUGAGCAGCAAGUGCACCCAACCAUCAAUAAUAUAAUAAGUGAUAUAUCCUAACACAAUAUCAGUUCAACACGGAAUCUCCACAUCAUGUUCAGUCACAGUUACCGUCUGAAUGCUAGAAUUAGUGUUGAUGGAUAGGAUACAUGUGAAAUGUAUACAAAGUUGUCAAUAUGGAACUGUUUAAUAAGCUACUGUUAAAAGUCUUUUAAGUUAUCAUAUUUUUAAUGACAGAUAUGCUGUAUGAUCAAAAACUAUAAGGUACCAUAUAUUUAAUAUCAUUUUACAUCAAUGAAAAAAAUCAUAAGAAAUAUAUUUAUUCAUUUUUAUUCAGAGAUCGAUUUUCGGAGCAUGAACAUCGUUUUUUUCCGGUUUUUUUGGGUGCACAAAAUAUUCAAGUAGAAGCUUUUUCCAGAUUUUCAGCCUCAAAAAGUACCUGCGCAAAUUACACAGGUGCACAUUACAUGGGGUUUUACGGUAUAAGAAAUGGCACUUGCAGUCUUAAACUUACUUAGUAACUUGUAAAACAUCGUGCUAACACCAAGGUGAAGGAAAGUGUUGAACACAAGGUACCCAUAUAUUUUUUUUAAGAGUUUUAAGACAAUUUGAAUGAAUUUUAAGUCUAGAGAGGGGGGAGGGACUUUCAAUCAAUGUUCAACCGAGAUUCAGUUCGUUUUACCUUUAACAUGUAAUAUAAUGGUUUAAACUCGUGUAAUCUAUAUCAUGAUAUAGUGACAGAAGCACAGGGUAAUUAUGGCUGAAAUAUUACAGGGCAAACAGUGGUUUAGUGAUUUACUGUAUGAUAGUGCUGUUUAAAACUGUUAUUCUUUGUAUUUCAUAAUGUCUUUCAUUUAUGUUGCUUCCUCAAAUUCUUUCAAUUGUUAAUUAUGAUGGAUUUUGAAUUGUAUGCACAUUUUUUGUUUUUGAGCUUUUCUACUCUGAUGAAUGUACAGUAUACAAGGAUGACUUGUAUAUUAGGUAUACAGAUACAGGGUUUCUUGAGCGUGUUUUUUGUACUUUAUAGGGAAUGCCAUAGGACACUGAUAACAAGCCUGAACUGUAGAUGAGUAGCCUGUUAGUUGAUGAGAGAUUUUCUCUGUAAAUUAUGAUGUCCCUUAGUCAUUGCUACUGUAUCAUGGGAAGUUUUGCUGCAGCUUAAGUUCCGCCUGCUGUAAUGAGGGCGAACAUUAGUAAACAACAUCACAUGCGUAGUAAUCAAAUGUAUAGGACAAAAUUAAUACUGGGCAAAUUCAGAUUAAAAUCUGCCAUAGGGCGAAAGUUUAACAGGGUAUGCAGUGUUUCCCUAAAUAUUUUUUAUUCAGCCAUAUGUGUCUCAAAUAGUCAAAUACUGCUUUGUACUUGGAACAGAUAAUUGGGUUCCAAUCUACAUAUCCUUUUUGUUUGCCAUACAAAACCUAAAUACAGGUACUUGAGUAUUUCAAACCCUCCAAACAAUCUGGGCCAGAGAACCUCUCUAGAAAAAAGGAUUAUAAUGAAGUCUGGCUAGUGGUGCAUUUAGUUUCAUAUGCUUGUGUGAGUGAGUUUUCUGAAUAAAUGCUUUGUAGUUAUGACAGUGUUGGAGGCUACGUUUGUUGUGUAUACAUCUACUACCAGAUAUAACACACCCCAAUACUGUAAAAGGGCACAUUUCCACCAAAUCAAGUCCAGAGAGAGAAAAACUGAAAUAUUGACUUACAACAUUGAUAUAGUCGCAACAUGAAUGUUUAUGCUAAAUGCCAAGCUUUUAAGUAUCUAUAAUCACAGGUAUCAUGGACUGAUGUUUUAAUUAACAAAAUUCUCAAAAAACAUGUUACCUUGAACAAUAGUUCAAAAUGAACUGAUUUGGGGAUUCUUGGCUACGCAUUUUCUGUCAAAGAUGUACAUCAAUGUACACUGCCUAUAAGCCAAUGAUAAUGUGAUGAUUGCAUGUGGAUGUGUGAUUGGAAGUAUUUUUUUCCCUCAAAACCUUAUAUAUUUAUGUGUUUGUGUGCUGUUGCAUAGGAGGGUUACCUUUUUGAAGGGUCAAAUAUUGUUGUAGAUUUUCUAUUUCACAAGGUAUUUUUUUAUAUAUCGGUUUUUGCGAAAAAGCUUGCAUUUCUGUCACCGCUGACAGAUUUCUGUCUGGAAAUGAAUAUUUAAAUAUGACUAACAGGAAGUCCCACUCUUUCUUAUGUUUUAUGGUCUUUUUAUAGAAGUGAUAAAAUACUAAACAUUUCCCCCAGUGUGAAAUACGAACAUCUCUCCGAUACAGUUAAUUCAUCAACGAAGCAAAUUAAUGUUUUAGUCCGAUUUAAAUUAUAUAUUUUUUAACCACAUAACAUGGAUCUCUAAUGGUGGUCUUUACAAGGUAGAGUUCUUGAAAGCUGAAAUUUUAUUUUUGAUCUGUUUUUUCAGUGGCAUACUAGUUAGUAUAUACCGCAAACAUAAAAUAAUUAUCGGUAGUCUUAUUUAAGCACCUUCCACGCUUUAAAUUUUGCACUAAUUUAUGAUUGCGCCCAUUGAAGUUCCUGUAUUGCAGUUUUGGCGGGGGCACCAGAUCAUCAAUGUUCCAAUCUGUUUAAAUUUGAUAAUGUGCUAAAAAUUUGUGUGCGCUAAAAUAAGUACACUUACAGUAAGUAUAGAAUCAUUCAAUGAACAAAUUACAACAGAAACAACACGUUGUGAUUGACUGAUCAACAUUUUCUUCAGGUUGGUAAGUAUGGAUUGUAAAAAAAAUCAUGUAGCACAACCAAUACAUGAUUGGUUGUGCUACAUGAAUCUUUUCACAAUCUGUUACUUUUAAGUUUCAUUUGGAUUCUCCCACAUGUGAUCCACUUUUAGAUUUGUUAAUUGUCUUUCUAUUGUACUCGAUAUACAAAGGCAUAGAUCAGAACAUGUGUGGCUUAAGAUCAGGGCCCUGUUGUUUAAAAGGUGAUUAGUUUAAUCAGUAAUUAGUGCAAAAUUUAUAUAACAAUCAAAUGAGUUAAACCUUAGAGAUAGCAAAUAUUUUAGUGAAGUUAAGUUACAUGCAAAAUUACAAGAUUUUACCUAGUAUAUUGACCAAAUUAUUUGAGGUUGAAAAAUUACGUUAAGCAGUGAUUAAGCUAACAGCCUUUUGUGAACAACUGGGCCCUGACUGGUAACAUGCACCUGACAUGUGAUGUGUCUCCGAUACACCUAUCUGUUACCC